UUCGGUGACUCCCACAAAAGUUCUUCGGUUUCGAUCGAUCGUUCGUUUUCCCUUCGUGUUCUUCUUGGGGGCCUAGCCUCGAAUCUUCUCCAUCGAUCAAGCAGCCAAUCGCUCUUUGGCUAUGGCCGCUUGGAUCGUUCUCCUUGUAAGCACCUACAUUCUUCUCUCUCGUCUCACGAGUGUCUCUAGCUCUUCGCAACACGCAUUGUUCCAAAGUUUUGCGAGGAGCAACGCUAGCAGCAGCGGCCGCGUCGAAUCCGGCAGGAGAUUCUUGCUGGAUUACAUCAAUCGUCCCUUCGUCAAGAGCUUCAAUCUUUCGGAUGGGAGCGUGGUGGAUUGCGUGAGGAUAGAAGACCAGCUUGGAAUCCAGCAUCCUCUCCUCAAGAACCACAAGAUCCUGAGAAAGCCGACGAUCUUGCAGCCACAGUCGAGCGAUCGCUCCGCCAGCAGCAGGAGCGGUCGAUUCAAACGCAAUGCCACUUCUUCGUCGCCAUGGCAGCUCUUCCACCACGAACACAACUCCUGCCCCGACGCCACCGUGCCCGUCCGCCGCCUCCUUCCCAAGGACCUGGAUCGAAUGCAAACCCCCGAGGUGUUCCUCCACAAGUACCCCCAGUCGAUCCAGUCGGGCACGCACCGCAUUCCCGCGUCGCCCAACUCGCGAUCCUCGCGAAAGAAGCGAAGAAGGCGAAGAACAAGGAGAGACCAUCAUCUCACCCCUCCAUCGGUUGAUGGGCACCAGUAUGCGAUCGUCCAGGCAGUGGGCAGCUUCUCAGGAUCGCAGGCCUACCUCAGCAUCUGGGAUCCGGCGGUGGCUACCUCGUCGGAUUUUAGCCUCUCGCAGCUCUGGCUGGGCGGAGGAUCUCACGAGAGCAUCAACACGGUAGAAGCCGGAUGGCAAGUCUACGAGCUCCUCAAUGGCGACAGAAGCCCACACCUCUUCAUCUUCUGGACGGCCGAUUCCUACAAGAACUCGGGCUGCUACAACCUCCGCUGCCCCGGAUUCAUCCAAACCAGCCCCAACGUCCUCCUUGGCGGCGCAAUCUCCUCCAUCUCCAGCCCCGACUCCAGCCUCUUCUUCAAGAAAUUCCUGAUCUUCAAGGAUCCAGUCGCGUGGUGGCUCCAGAUCGACGACGAGUGGGUGGGCUACUGGCCGGCGUCGCUCUUCACGACGCUGGGGCAGAGCUCGCAGUGGAUGCAAUGGGGCGGCGAGGUGUGCCUCUCGGGAGCCUCCGAUGGGCCGGAGCUCUCCACGCAAAUGGGGAGUGGCUUCUUCCCCGCCGAGGGCAACACGCGCGCGGCGUCCCAGUGCGAGCUCGCCUACCUGGACGAUCAAAUGCGCCAGUUUGACGCGGUGGAUCUCGCCGAGUUCUCCACCGAUCCCGAGUGCUACACCGCCAGGAAGUACUUCGAUCGAAACUGGGGCUCGUAUAUCAUCUUUGGCGGCCGGGGAUGCUCCAAGAGCUAGUCGCCACUGGCGAUCUCUUCUCUCUUCUUCUUCUUCUUCGUCUAGAUCGUCUUGGGUUUUUGAGAGAUUUUUCUCUAUCAUCUCAGCAGCAGCCUCACCAUUUCGUGAUGGCGUAACUUUCGAUCAUCCAUUCCUUGUU